AUGCUAUAUUGUGGGAGCUGUAGAUACAAUCAGCAUAAGCUGUUCAAAGAACUAGGCCUAGAAAAGAAUGGUUACAUGGUGAGCAAGUAUAUCUACGCCAUGUCCCAUAUCGAUGUGCCCCAAUGGUUGGAAAGGUCUCACCUGCUCGACACAUGGAGCAAAGAUUCCAACUGGAUGGGCUCCGUAGCAGUCAGCGAUGAUCAAGAGUCGCGCCGGAUUGGGCGAAGAGAUAUUGUCGUGGCAUGGCGUGGGACAGUGGCCCCAUCGGAGUGGUACGAGGAUUUUCAGAGGAAGCUAGAGCCUGUUGGGCAUGGAGAAGCUAAAGUUGAGCACGGCUUCCUUAGUAUCUACACAUCCAAAAGGGAGUCUUCAAGGUAUAAUAAGUCAAGUGCCUCAGAUCAAGUGAUGAAAGAAGUAACAAGGCUAGUGCAAUUGUACAAGCAAAGAGGUGAACAAGUGAGCCUUACAAUCACUGGACAUAGCUUAGGCGGUGCCUUGGCCCUCCUCAACGCAUGCGAAGCUACCACCUCUCUUCCAGGUCUUCCAAUUAGUGUAAUAUCGUUCGGUGCUCCCAGGGUUGGCAACAUUGCCUUCAGGGAUGAACUCCACCAGCUGGGAGUUAAAACCUUACGGGUGGUCGUGAAGCAAGAUAUAGUCCCUCGGAUGCCAGGACUUGUCUUCAAUGAAAGAUUACAGAAGUUCGAUGAUAUCACAGGAACCCUAAAAUGGGUGUACACGCAUGUGGGAGCGGAGUUGAAGCUCGAUAUGCAAUCUUCUCCUUACCUCAAGCGCGGGUUCAAUCUUCCCGGGUUUCACAGCCUGGAGACGUACCUCCACCUUAUUGAUGGAUUCCAUAGUAAAACCUCGACGUUUCGGGAAGGUGCUCGGAGGGAUAUUGCCCUAGUGAACAAGGCUUGCGAUAUGUUAGUGGAUGAGCUUAGGAUCCCACAUGCUUGGUACCAAUUUGCAAACAAGGGCCUAGUCCGCAAUGCUCACGGUAGAUGGGUUAAACAAGUAAGAGACCCAGAAGACAUACCUUCACCUGCCAGAGAAACCCAUCAUCAGGCUUUUUCAGUUGAGAUGCUUGCAACUGAUGAAGGACUCGCCCUUACUUUGUGUUAAUUAAGCCAUAAAUUUUAUGGGUUUAUACAGCUUGAACCACAAUUGUAAAUUAUGUUAUUCAUAUACGGAUCAUAUGACAAUACCAUAUAAAUUAUUUUGGUUACUUGGAUA